GUGAGGGCUGCCAUGGUGAAGGCUGCCAUGGUGAAGUCUGUCACAGCAGCCCUGGUGAGCAGAGCCAGCAGCGAGGGACAUGGGCAGCCGGGGGGCAGCACCAGCCUCUGGCUGGGCCAUAGCAGGGGCAUGCUCCCGGGCAAUUCAGCUGCCCCAUUUCCAGUUCAAGGUGAUGCUGAAGAAGCGCAAACAACAGCAAGAGAGGCUGGGCCCGGGAACGUACAACAUCAGGGAUUUCCUGCAGGAGACACAGCCCUCGAGCCUGAGGGGCAUCUGCGACACAAGGGAGCAGAGGUUCAGAGAAAGACAGCGGGAUUUCUUCCCUGGGCCUGGCACCUACGGCCCCCAGGGGAACCCCUACACUCCCCUGGAUGAGAGGGACAGGCGCUCCGCCAGCACACGAGCGCUGAUGGACAGCAGGACAGAGAAGUGUGUCUUCCUGACAGCCACGGGCAGUGGUUUGGCACCCGGCACCUACUCCCCAUGGAGCAGCACCAAGGAGCAGCUGCAACCGGCGGGCAGACGCAGGACCCGCCAGGUCCCAGUGGAAAGGCGGAAGCCUGCAGUCAUCUUGUGGCCCGAUGAGGAGCAGGAGGAAGACACCAAGAAGCACAUUGUCACUGUCAAGGGGUUCCCGGAUGAGCUGAUGUCAAGGGAAAACAAGAAGAAAGGCUGCUUCAGCACAAUGCCACGGAACCCGGGCUGCCCCACAGAGAGGAUCUUCUGGGCCACGCUCAGCCAGUGCCCGAGGGACGCGUUUGAGGUGGGACCAGGCUCAUACGAUCCAAAGCCUGCUGAGAGAUCAGCAAACUUCAACCAGCCCCCGUUCUGGUCGUCUGCAAAGAGGUUUGACAAAAAGGCCGAACGCCUCUUCAUGGGGAAUGAGAAUCGUGUGGGUGUGGGCCGCUAUAAUCUCAGCAGAUAUGACAAAUACCCUCGGAAGAUCAGAUACCAGUCCCUGUACAAGAGUGAAACACAGCGGUACCUGAGCAACUUGAAGCAGGAUGCCUACAUGCUCGAGCGGCUAAAGCCUGCUGCGAAAAACAAAUGGAGUCAUUUGAUUUCUGCUCCACGUUGUCCAGAUACCUGUGAAGAAAGCACUGCUGUUUUCCAAAUGUAAGAUGGUGCUGGAGAGCCUGAAUUGGCAAAUAAACCAUGGACAUGCCAGUGGAUGAGAUGGUGUAAUGCGAAUACUCGCAGUGUGCUGGCAUGCAAGAGAUAGGAAACAAGUCUUGCUCUGUGGUAAUAAAACACCCUUCAGACAUUCGUCAGUCUAA